AUGUCGAGAAAAGUUCAGUACCAAUGUGCUUACUGCAAAUUUUUUAUAAACUCCUAUUGUGAAGACUACAUGGACCAUAUCGGUUUCAGUGAAAAAUUAAAAAAUCUGCCCACAAAUAAAAACUAUGCAAUUGUAUUAUCUGGCCAGCAUAAUAAUGUGUUGGAAUUAGCACAGUGUUCAAUAUCAAUACAACUCUCAAAGACACACCUUUUAUCAAGUUCAUCAACACCAGAUUUGUUAUCACCAACAUCAUCAACUGGACGAGAGACUGAACGUAAAAGAGAAGUCAACCCAUUAAUCAAUGAAACAAAAAUAGAAAUCCAAAAACAGAUUUUAAAAUCAUUGCAUGAAAACACAACAAAGAAACCUGAUGGGAUUUAUGGGUCUCUUAUGUUACUAGAAGAGGGUUUAAGACGGCUUCCACAACGAAACCAAGCAAAAAUGCAAAUUAAGUUCUUGCAAAUGCUGGCAGAUGAGGAGUAA